GUCAAUUUCGACAAUUUGUCUAUAUAAAUCUUUAUAAUGCAUUGUUUUGUUGUCUGUUGAAUUGAAAUCAUUCCUGAAAUCCAUAUAUCUAUUAUGAAUAUUUCUGUUGUUACAGAUUGAUUAAAUUAUUUUCUUAAUUUUAAUAUUAGAACAAAUAUGACUCAAAGCGAAGUACAGAGAUUUUUAUUACGCUCAGUUAUUAGCAGUGGAAAGUUAUCUUAUCAUGAUGCUAACGAAAUGUUGUCCAAAGCCUUUCGCAAUCACCAAUUUGCAAUCAAGGAUUUAAUUAAAAGUAUAAAUGAAGAUAUAAAACCUUUUCAACAAAAAAUUAAACUUGUACAAGAUGAAAAAACUAUGAAAGAUUCAUUGAUAUUUCUCUCAUUAGGAAAUGAUAGAGCGACAAAAUCUCAAAAACUGUUUACAGAUGUUCAAUUGAAUUAUUUUAUGAAUAUUCUCAAAGAGAUAUUGGAAACUGAGACAAGACAAAUAACUAGGACAAAUGCGUAUAGAUUGAGAGGUACUAUUCAUCAAAAAGAUGCAGAGGUCCUGCUAAUAACAUGGUGCAGGAUGCAUUACUUAGAAACUAUUGGACAAAACUACGAAUUAGGAAUCAAAGCAAUUUAUGAAUUUGAACAAUACAUUCAAGAAAACUUUCAUGAUGUUAUUAAGAAUUGCUACCUUUGCAAGAUAUUGGUUUUUAAUGGAUACAAUUGUCCUAGUAGUUGUGAAAAACUAGUACACAGAAAGUGCUUGAAGGAUUUCACCAACAAACAUGGGAAAUGGCCGUGCUGUCAAGUUAAAUUCAAUCAAGCUUAUCUUGACAGGUUGAAUGAUCCUAGCGAAUCUGAAAUAUUAGUUGAUACUCAAGUAAAUGAGGAGAGUGAUGAUAUAAUUGAUUUGUCCAAUGAUCAGAAUGAUGAAAAUGACGAAAUUAUGUUUGCAACGAGCAUGAGACGAAAUGUGCAAAAAAGGAAAAGACAGAUACCUGAUUAAAACAGGAAAGUUAAGAAACAUUUUAUAUUUGAUACCUUUUUUAGUUUUAAGUAAAUUUAAUUAACAUUCAUACAAGUUAACGCGUAAUGUGACGUAAUUUUAUGUUAAUUAACUAUAAUAAGAUAUAAAAAGAGAAAAAACUAAUUUUGAAUUUAA